AGGCGAAUGCCACUAACUUUCCGUGAUCCAGCAGCUGCUCCUUUAAGGAAACUGUCUGUGGAUUUGAUCAAAACAUACAAACAUAUUAAUGAGGUUUACUAUGCAAAAAAGAAGCGACGACAUCAACAGGGACAAGGAGAUGAUUCUAGUCACAAAAAAGAGCGGAAGGUUUAUAAUGAUGGAUAUGAUGAUGACAACUAUGACUACAUUGUAAAAAAUGGGGAAAAAUGGAUGGAUCGUUAUGAAAUUGAUUCUUUAAUAGGCAAAGGCUCAUUUGGACAG